ACGUUCUAAUUUCUGAGCCGAGAUCAACUGGGGAUUCAGCAAUAACAGAAAAAUAAUAAUACCAAGACUGCAGCCAGGGGAGGGAGGGUGUCCGGACGCAAGAGGAGCCGCAUGCAGCUCGCAAUGGUGUAUAUCUUCUGAGAAGAUCUGAAACGCCGUUCAAAUCAUCACCGCCGCCGCCUACCUUCUCUUCCCCUGCAUCCUUUUUGUGGGGGGUCUUUUUUUCUUUUAAAGAACAAAAAUCAUUUCUAUUAUCGAUCUUGGUUGAUUUCAAUUAAAACUACCUCACAGACUCUACCUAAAGCUGGUGCUUUAAAAAAAAUCUUGUCGGUUUUCUUUGUGACGUUGUUUACAAAACAUUUGAUGACAUUAAAGGCAAGCAUCUGGCCUUUCACGGAAACGGAGAUGCGUGCCGAGUUAGGUCGGCCAGAACCAAACAAACCUGCACGGGACUAGAAUCCCCGUCAUCUACUGAGAGACGAGGAGGGUGGCGGCCUCUUUGAUGCGCCAGCAGGGGAAACGGCUGGGAACAAAGAGCUGGCUUGCGCCAGUGGCAAGGCGACAUCCCGUUUGUGGAGCCGGUUAGUGGGUUUCACCGAUCGGCUGCUGAUUUCUCUCCUUCUACAGUCCCUUCUUUUUUCGCCUCUUUGUUGUUUGUUUCUCGGCCAACGGAAUUAGAGUUUAAGGUGGAUCUCUCUCCCCAUUGGCUGCUCGGGAUUGGAAGCCUGUGGUGACUUUGCCGUGAUUUGCAUAUGACAUUGAGGCGUCACCAAGGCCCGCCCUUCGCAAGCUUCACCCCCACCCCCACCCCACGCAUAUGGAAGUUGUCCUCCGUUGACCUGGGCGAAAAGCUGUCACGGAUUGGAGCGCCGGAGAUCGGUGCCUUCCUUGGACGCUUUUGUAGGCCGAGGCCUGCGUGGAGUCAGGGAAUAUUUUUAUCUGUGUACCGCUGAGCAAGGAAGCAGGAAGGUCGGGGCGGCUGAGCGGCUCAGCAAAGAAGGCCCCUGCGAAGGACGAGGGACCGACGUUCGUUACCUUCACCCCACUACCUCCUCAACUUUAUGAAGAGCUUUGCAAAGAGUUCUGAAUUCAGGCUCAUUCAGCGCGUUAUAUUUUAUUUAAUUACUUGCUUACAUUUUUUAUAAUCUGUAUCCUCUGUUUUUUAAAAAAUUACCCGUGGUUGCUCACGGCAGCCUUUAAGAAAUAUGUACUAACCCAACGGUGUUUUUAAAAAGCGCAAAAGAUCUAUUAACAGCAGCUGACAGCAUCAUUUUCUAUUCAGACAGCAGCAGGCCUUUGCACUGAAGCCAAGUGAAGAACCUUAUGAUUGCACUAUAUGUAACUCAACUCAGAUAAGACUUCGCUAGGAAACAAGCAGUUCCUGCCUUUCAGAAGAAUUCAUCCAUCAAGUUGUCCAAGUCUCUGCUCCCCAUCAGCAACUUCCAGCUCCACACCCUGAAGCAGGCACCUAGAAACUCAUCUCCAUCUUUCUUCUUCACAAAGCCCAUCUUGGAAAUCACCUUCCAGCCAUGUUCCAGCGCUUCACCAGCCUCUUCUUCAGUGACACCAGAACACCUGAGGGCCUUGAAGAACCCAAGCCCUUUGUCUCUGAAGAGGAAGAAGAUGAUGGGUGGCUCAUAAUUGACCUACCAGAUAGUUAUGCUUCAGCCUCUAGCAAAGAGCGGCGGGUGGGUGAGAAGGACUCUGUUUGCACUUCUCAUUGCCGCCGUGGGUCCCCUCCACCUACCACGCCUUCGCCCCCCUCUCUCAAUGACUGUGUCAGCAGGUCCAUGCCCUCUCAGCCUGACCCCUGCUUGAUGGACGAGAGUUGGUUUGUUACCCCUCCCCCCUGUUUUACUGCAGAAGGUCCCGAUCCUGUCAGCGUGGAGAGCAACCCGAUGGAGGACCUCCUGAUUGAACAUCCCAGUAUGUCUGUGUACGUCACCACCAGCAGCAUUGUUGUGGAGAGUGAGAGUCCUGAGGAGCCCAUCCAUGAAGGCGAGGUACCUGAACGCCAUUUACAACGCCAUGCUCCCCACCACUCCAACUCUCUUGCCACCAAGGCUGCGAUCUUGGAGAAAGUCAACCAAGUGCGUCGGAUUCAGCGGGCAAAGCAGCUGGUGGAGAAGCACAAGCUCAGUAAGAAAGUCAUGCAGCGGCAGAACCGCACCAGAGAGUGCCGCCCACGUCGGGCCAAACACCAAGGCAGCUUUGUCUACCAACCAUGCCAGCGCCAGUACAACUACUAAGCUACUUCAGGAAGUCUACACCGUGGGGCAUUAUCCUUUUAACUCUCAGCUUUGCCAGUUUUUUCACAAUGCUUUCUUCAGCCAAGAGGGUUGUCCAUUUUCUGAAAUAAACCUGUCCUCCUGCGAGAGAACCUCCUACAUUCUCCUGAAAUGGCACCAUUCAGUGAUAAUUCUUUCCUGGGCUUUUCUUGGGCUUUAUCCCCAUUUUCAAUGAAAAUACAUUUUCUGAUCUAUGACUUCCUUCCCUUUUGCAGUUUUAUUCUCCCUCAUUCUCCUCCAUACUUCCAUGAAUGUGGAUUUGGAUCUGGAGCUGAAAGUGCAAGAAAUCCAGUAUGACCCACUAAGUAACAAGGCUUCAUUUCUAUUUUGAAACCCCAUGCUAUGUUUAAAAAAAAUGUGUUGAAGAAAUGUAUGCAUAUGUUGAUUACCAAAAGGGAAAAAUUCUCUCUGGGUGGAUAUUUUCCAUGGUUCCUAGGUAGCAUGAAUCCAUACACUGGCUCUUAUAGUGGCUACCAGUGUUAGACUAAUUUGGUGCUUCCAAUGAAUAUAUCACGUUUCAUUUUUUAACUAAACGAAGAAACAAUGAUUUAUAGGAGGGCCAAUGUGCCCUGUCAUUUUCUUUUGUCCCUUGUUGUCGCACCAGGGAGCCUGUGACAUCAGUGCCUUUCUUUAUGACAUCACACUCUUCACAGUGAAAACAGACUGUGAUGUCACAAAUGGAGAUACCAGGUUCUUGUGCAAACUGGAACACAAAACUAUAACUUAGACCAAUAGGCCCCAAUUGAAUAAGUAACAAAAGUUUAUCUGGUGACUGACUUUCACCCCUAAAAAUAUGAAUUGUACGGUAUGAAUGGUAUAUUCAUUCCUCUAAGAUGGUGUGCUUGCUAGGUAUGAAACAUUUUGGCACAUCCUUAAUUUUACAGGGAUGCAAGACAGCUCCAUGGAAAACUGUGGGUUUUGCCAUGGACUUCAAUGGAAGUGGGAUUAUACUGAGUUUUCUGUUCCAAAGUGUCAUGUGAUGUACAAGAGAACCUUUGAAGCUCCAUUUUGAGUAGCUGCAAUUAUCAGCAGUAGUUUAAUGGGUUCCUUGGGGGUUCACAGUUAUGGGAAGGUUACGCUUGUUUUAGCGCAGUCCUUAAUCACACGUGACCUUUCCAAAAUGCAUGCAAUGGGCUCUUCAAUCUGAUUAACUGCAGGGUCAUCAUAGAUUUCCUUGCAGUAUCAUUCAUUGGAUCCACCCUCUUGCAGAAACAAUAACUAGUGUUUUAUCCCAUGUUGAUGGAAUAAACACAAUUGGAAUCUCUGAUACUUUUUAAAAGACUGUGGGGGAAAUACUAGUGAAAUUAUCAAGGACAUUGGUAAACAGAAAAGUAAAACAAGUAAAGAAGAAGAAAAGAGGAAAAUAAAAUUAAAACCAGACAUUCUCAUAUUUUCAUAUAAAUUUCAAAAACAGAAGUUUUAAAAAAUGGAGUCCCUUGUUUUGAAGACCGAGGGGGCUUGCUGGGGAGGAUCGUCUCUCAGAUCACUCAAGGCCUGAUCUGGCCAAGCCAGCUGCAGUAACUUUCAAUAGGAAACUAUUAAACAUGUGAAUAAGUUUCUCCCACUGGAUUCAAUGAGAUUUUAAUUUUGGCUGGUUCAUGCCCUAACACUAAAUUCAGUAGUAAAACAUAACUCUUGACAUCUCACCAUCAUUGGAAUUCUUCAUGUUAUUUGGCAUUUGUGCUAAUGUCAAAAACCUCGGCAGAGAAAAAGGCUUACACAUAUUUAUGAAGGUGAUAAAGUAUGUUGGGGAUAGUAGUGAUGGAUGUGAAACUGAAAGAUGGUGAGGGAGGCUGGAGUGCUUGAGAAAAGGGUAGAAGGCAGGUAGUAGAACUGAAGGAAGGAGGGAGUUGAAGCUGUUGCAAAAGUGUAAGCCGGUGAUGUGGAGGUCUAGAUGUUAGAGAAUGUUCCCAGAACAGAAUGUGUGCCUGCAUUCCGAAAAGAACCUUUAAGGCUCUGGAACCUUUGAAAAGAACCUUUUAAGGCAGAGAAUGUUUCCUUUGUGACCUUGAAGGUAUUUCCCCAGGUAAGAUAGUUUCAGGAGUCACUUGGUUUCAUAGCAAUUCUGCUGGGCAAAGUUAUUGCCUAAAUAUUACCCGUCAAGGGGAGGGUGGGAUACAAAUCCAAAUCCAAAACAAAAAAUAAAUAAAAACAAUUCCAUCGGGAAAUCAUGUAGAGAAAUAAGAAAGGUACAGCAAAUUGUUUUUCUCCUAAGUUCUUUAAUUGUUCAUUGUGCUUACCUUCUCCGGUCAAGGUAACCAGAAUGUUCACAUUCGACAACUAUUGAUCCUUGAGCAGUUGCCCAAUAUGGAUGAGAUCUGAGUUUCCACUAUUUUCUAUAGGACUUAAUUCCCCUCAUGCUAACCUUUGCUAGGAAACCUCAAAAUGAUUUGAUUUAUACUGGGGAUUGUAAUUUUUAAUGAUAACGUUAAACUAAACUUAUUUUUGGACUAAGCCUGCAAAUUCCUUCUUGAAGCUCGGUUUGGGAGUGGUAAAAAGGAAAACCUUUUUUUUAAAAUGUGAAGGAAAUACCUUUGUUUGACCAUAUUUAUUUACCAAGCCUGAAGAGGUGAGUUGGCGUAUUAAAAAAAAAAAGCCUGCUACCAUACAGGUGGUGUAGCGGCUCUCCAAAUUAUAGGAGUAGAUAGCAUUGUGAUAAAUAUUUCUCUGCUCUAAGUAAUUGUCUGUUUUGAUCUUCUGCAUUUAACUUCCUACCUUUCUCAAUUUGGGAUAGUUUUCUAAAAUAAAAUACUUAUUGGAACCAGUGUUUCCCCUCCAACGGCUGGAUCCAAAGAGCUACUUUAGGUAAGGCUUGGAAAUUCCUAGUGGGAUUGUUACUUUGAGUGGCAGAUCUUUAUGGUGUGUCACAAUAUGCUUUUGAAACACACACACUUGUUCUCCUACCUCCACUCUCACGCACGCCGGUUUCAAGAGUAGUUUGCCAUUUGGCAUGGAUGAGAGGAGCACUGCUGUCAGAAACACAAGGUUGGAUCCAGCCACUUUUUUCAUUCAGUCUCAUCUAAUUCCAUUCCUUAUAGAGUCCCACAUCUCAUAUGUUUUUUAUCCAUGCAAGUCCCAUGAUGCCCAGUAUAGCCUUUUUGGUGGUCAGCAGAGACCCUCUCCUCCCUUGUUCAUCAAUGGAAAAGUUGGUUGGAUCCAACUCACAAGCUUGAGGUCCCCUUUGUGGUUCUUUGGAUCUCGGCCAUUCUUAAAGCAGACAGCGGUGCAUCCUUCCUGGUGCAACUGAACAGGGUAUUCCCACCAGAACAAGCGACAGGCCUCAGCUUGUUGGGUUCUGUGCCUUUCACAGCUCCAUGGCAAGCGGGAAGUCAAAAGUGACUGCUUUGCUGGCCAUGGAGAUACCCUGCUGCUAAAGCUGCCUAUCGUGCUGUCAUUAAAGGAAAAAAGCAAUUCUCCAACAGCUGAUCCAAAGUUAAAUCAGGAAGCCUCAGGCUGUUUGUUUGGAGGACUCAUGUGCAGGUGGACAGGGUAAACAGAGACCAGCCCUCAUUUUAAAGUUUUAUUGUCUUCCCUUCUCUCACUGUUCCCAUAUUCAUGCCUAUUUGUUCCCUCCAUACCUCUCUGUAAAAACAUUUCCAGUCCCAAGCUUGAGUCUUCUGUUUAUGGGGACAGCAGCUGAGUGACUGAUGAUGAUUGCCUCCUCAUUCUAAUGAAAUGGAUGUGGGGGGGGACCCUCUGUGUAGAUGGGAUCAAUGUACUUGUCUUUGUGCCUGUAACAGCUGUCAAAAAGGCACCAGUACUACACAGUUACUGUUAGAGCCUGCAGGAAGGCAUCUGCAACAUGGGACAAAACCUCAGUUGUUGGCGUCCUGUAUCUCAAAUUUGGCACCACUUCCAUGUUACCAACAGGAGCUGCGGCCGAGAAAGGCAUGUCAGAAUCCUGGUUCUUUGUUUCUUGGAGAUAAUACCAGACUAGCACUCAAAUAUGUGCUAACCCAACCACUUUCCUAGUAAGCUGUGUGCUGACAUAUGAGAUCCAGAAGAUGUGAUUGACAAAUGCAAUUGAUUUAAUCUUGGUUCAAGGGCAACUUGACCUCAAACUGCAACCGGCAUGAUUGCAUUUACUGAUUGCAUUUCUUACUUACUUGUGGCUUACCAGGAAAAGCAGUGCAGAUGGCAGGAAUUACUUUGAAUCACUGCGAAUGCACUGGUUUUAUUUGCACUGGAUUAAGACAGGAGAUUAACCUUUCUCUUUGGUGAAAUUUUUAAAAUAUCCUUUUGCCUUUUGGUUUCACUAGAAGAGCUCAUGAAAUUAAUAUUAGAAGAGCUGAAACAAAUUAAAGGGGAAAGUUCUCAUUCAAAUGUUUAUAUUUUUGUGUGACAAUCUGGCCAUUCAAAAAUACUAGAAACUGAAUUUUGAGUGUGAUGGAUUUAAUCGUUUGAUCAGCCUGUAAAUGUUAAUAUUCCAAGUCUGAUGAAAAGGCUUGCAUUUUGACUUCAGCCAUUUCUUAAUCUUGUUUCUCCGGUUUUAAAUCCCAGAAAUUCCAUGAAUGGAAAGAAAGAGAUAUCAGUGAUUUCUCAUGUGAUUUGUUACAUACUAAGGGAAGGGAACUUUUCAUUACGAUGAGGCUUCUCUCCCUUCAAACUGCAACACUGGGAUUUUGGAAGAAGAUACAUCACAACACAGUUAAAGGGAGAGACAACCUUUUAAAAUAUGCUCACCCUGAUUCUCAUUUAAAUUUACAAAUUAAGUGUGAUGUUUUAGCUCUCCAUUAACUUGUAAAUGAACUUUGUGAGGCAGAAAGGAGGGGGACCUGAACAUCUGAAUGGGAAUGAGUAUCUUCUGGCAACAGAGUUAGAGGAUGGAUGGGCUGUAGCCAGCUGAGUGAGGUCUUUCUCCUUCCCAUACCCCUCUUUCUUUGAGCCAUGUCCUGCAGAAUACAUUCCAUGUUUCCAAAGGCACUGACUAAAUGAGGUCACUUCUUUACAAAUGUCUCUGUUUUCUUCUUCCUAAGAUUUUCUAACAUUUCAUCUCUUAAACAAAAGCCCCGAAGAAUAAAUUCUAUUAAGGCAAGUGUUGGUUUCUUUUAAAAUUAAAUAGCAGUCCAGCAGCACUUUAAAGAAUAAUUUAUAGUUGAAAGUGACAGAAAGCUGGAAAAGGGGAAGAUGUUACAAAGAGCAUCCAUCUCCCCACUCCCAUUUCUCUGAUGCUUUCAACUUUAAGUAGAGAAAUGUCUGCUAUUGAUGCGCUUUUCAUGCAUCUAACAAAGUGAGCUCUGUCUCACUCAUGCUGGAAUAAAUAUUCUUUAUUUAAAAAUGCCACUUGACUUCCUUUUAACUCCGUUAUUACCCCCUGGAAUGAUUUCUAAGUGAACUUAGCAGCACAGUAUUAGGCACCCCUAGUGAUAUACUCUGGAAUAAACAGAAAUUAGUGUGACAUUUCACUCCAACUGAAAUGAUAUUCUGUGGGGCUUCCUCUUUUAAACCUACUAAAAUAAGCGCUGUGUCUUUUAUUACACUCUUAAACAUGCUUCAGUAAGCUGCAUGAUAACUAAGAGCUGAUUCAAACUGGUGAGACUCAAGAGCUGGUGAGUGGAAGGGGCAUGGGACAGUUCUAAGGUAGCUUAUCAUCUCUGAAUCAAUGUGGAGAUUUUCUUGGUUUGUUAAAGUGUCUUCCCAACCCAUGACAAGAAAUGCUGAGAAAGGAGACAUUACCUAGCAAAGUUUGGCAUAUCUUUCCACCAUAAAAAUUCCUGUGUGGUAGCAUUUGACCUUCCAAAAGGCUCCCCAUGUAAUAGUGUGAGUGUUUGCUUCGCCAUGAGUGCUGAAGGCCCCUAAAUUUCCUUCACCGUCUGAAGUGAAGUCUAGCAGGAGAUCACCAGCAGGUAAACAGACAUGCCACAACAGCUUAAUUCACAAAAUCCACCUCACUUCAGACCAUUAAAAAAACCAUAGACCUGUGUUUAAUAUGUGUAGAAAGGGCCUGCGAUACACAGAGAUCAUGUAACGCUAGUAGCUAAAUGUCUGAGGUGGGAUAAUAGGUCUUAUCACACCAUCUUGUGAUCUUCCUGAGAGAUCUGCCUUGCCAUUGUUAAAGUGUUGACCUAGACCCAGAGUCCCCAACCUUGUGGGUACUUUUGAAAGCAUGUAGAGGACACCACCACAAAAUGGCUGCCAUGUGGCAUGGCCUGGCCAGUCACUAAAUGGCUGCUGGGUGGAGGGGCUUGAGCCAACCACAAGACGUUAAGAGGUACCAAAUUAAGCAUUAUCCCAUGAUAGAAGCAGCUGUUUCCAAACGAGUGCUCCCUGUAGACACAAAGGUAGUCCUGCGGUACCUCCUGCUCCAGGGAGAUGGAAGAAAGCAAGAAGAGGUUCUUUGCUUUGGGGAAGGAGGAAGUGGCUGUUAGGAAACACAUCAGUGGGCAUCGUGGUGCUCACCAGCACUACAGCAGGAAUCACUGUCCUCGACUGAGGGAUUUUUGGUCUGGUCUAGAAAGCAGUACUUCUAUUAUAUGAUGCAGGUGAAGCCAAAGUGCUACAAGGCAGAAAAGCUUCCCAGAAAAGCUAACAAUUUGGAUAUAUGGCAUCAUUAUUUUCACAUCUACUGCUUUCAUAACAGAAAUCUAAAUAAAUCACUCACACUUUCCCUUUUCUAAUCCUCUCUCACCUACAGCGUAAUCCAACACCAGUUAAUUGUGUUUUUUGGGGGGGAGACUCCCAAUAGUGCAAAAAAUUAAACUGGAUUCUUGAACUUUUGGGAAUGUAUGUAGUGGUUGAAUUCCAAAAAUACAAAUUCAAACUGUGGCCUUGUGUCUCAGUUUCCUCCUCGUAGAUUCAGGAUAAAAGCCCUCUUUUCCCCCUUAUAGUCUUGUGCUAAGAAUGGAAAUAUCACAGGAUUUCCCUCUCUUUAAGGUAAACACAAAACCUCCCUGUUUGGCAGAACAAAUUCCAAACAUACAAUGACAAAGUAUUAUCAAUCCUUUGUAUGCCUCUCAUCAACUUUGUAAAUUUCAAGCAUGAUUUGUAAAAUGCCUCUGUUGUUUUGCUACUGCUACUAAUACAGGAAAGUCAUCACAUGUUCCCAUCCAAGUAAUUCUAUUGGAUGUUCAGUCUGAACCAACGGUGUUCAUGAGCACCAAUACAGGAGCCUCCUAUGUUAAGUUGGUGCUUAAAAACAAUACUUUUUCUCUGUGUGUAUAUGUGUGUAUGCACAUCUGUAUAUAUGUUACAACACAGAGAUGUAAACAUUUUUUAAAAUUCAGCCAUUGUAAAUUGUGGUUAGCUGUGCAAUGUUCUGAAUGAAUGGUUGGGAGAGUGUUGAAACGACAACCUUAAAAGGAUAGGCUGAAAUCUUUAAAAUUUGUAUAUGGAAAAUUUGCAGCACGGACUCAGGGACAAAACAAAGUAUGUGGCUACCUUAAAGGUACAUGUUUCAGCAAUGUUUGGUUUGGAUGUGGUUUUUUUGUGUGUGUAUGAGUCUGUUGAUACUAAUCUGCAUGUCCUAAAGAAAUUUAUGAACUUGUUAGAACUGCUUUUUUUUAAUUUAAAGUAAUUUAGCGAUCUUCUUUGACUAGCUACUGCCUUUCAGUCAAGGGGAAACGACUUGAUUUCCACUGGCUUGUCUGUGUAACAGGAUUAAAGCCAGUCUGUGGGAUAUUGCCUCUUUCUAAAGCGGCAUGGCCACACUUUGGCACACCCACUCCACUUUUGUGGAUAAUAAGUCGGAAAAGUGAGAAUGGCAAUUUGUAGCUCACUUUCUCUUUUAGGUCUGUUCUUUUGUAAAUACCAUUAGCAGACACACCUGUAUAUAGAUAUAUAUAAAUAUAUUUAAGCAAUAUUUUCAUUAAAACACUCCCCAACGUUUUGAGGGGUGGCGAGAAAGCAAAAUGGGCAAAGGCCUGUGUUCUAGAGAAAACCGUAGCAGAGUCUUAUCACUGACCACAAACGAUGUGGCUAUUUCUUGCCCACCAUUAAUUUCAAUGGAAACAAGACACAACCUCCCUGGUGGGAAGUAACAUGGAGUAUUUGCAAUAGAGGAAGGUUGCAACAGAAGAAGGUGCUUUGAAAUUGAUUCAUUCAAUUUAGUAACCAUUUCAUUAGUUAUUUGUAUUUUUUAAAAAGUGGGGAGGAGGCAGUUAGGGACAGUAGAAGAUAGGUAUUUAUUUCUUUAGUAACUUUUAAGUGUUUUUUUUUGGUCUCCAGAGUUGUGUACAGUUAGCUUCCUCUUGCCAUAGCAAUAAAAAGAGAAACUGAAGAUACAAGCCUAUCCACACUUAAGUAAAUUCGAUAAGAAACUUAUUUCUGAGUAAGCAUACUUAGGACAGAGCUGCAGAGACCACACCAGGGAAAGACGGCAUUUCAGUGAUGUCUGUUUGGGGUUCAUUUUAAACAAGAUCCAUGAAUUUGACUAGGUUUAAACAUGAGUAGGAACAAAAGCUCAGUGGAAAAGCUAGUCAUCAUCCAAUAGUGCAGCAGACAGUAUUCACUGAAGGUAAUUUCAGCAUGAGGCAAUUGUUUCAGCAGCAGGAUAAUUAAACUGAAACGAUAUUAUAGAUAAAUUCAUCGUUGAUACCUGUGAGAUGUUACAGAGAGCAGUGAAGUUCAAAUGUUAUACCUCAGGAAACCCCCUCCCAAAAUAAUCCAUCUUUUGUGGAGCCUUUGAAUGUUGCAGAAUAUUCUCUCUCUUUUUGGAUGUUGCAGAAGAUUCUGAGUGCACAUUCCAUGGCAAGUUCUUAGUUCAUACCAGGGCAUCAGAGAUGUGUGUUGUUCAGUCAUGAACUGAGCUCUAGAAUGAAUCUAAUAAACCUUCUGUGGGAAUCUGGAAAUGAAGGACAAGGUCUCUUUCCUUCCUUACCAAUCUCGUUAAUAGAAUCCCUAAGCAGCUUCCUGAUUAGGAAAAGCAUCCCACACAACCAUGUCAUAUAAGCACUGGCUUUUACUAUGCAGCCAUUUGUUUUACCCUUUCCAUUUGACUUGUGGUAAAUUGCAGCUGGAUGCUGAAUGGAAUAAUUUACAGUGCCUCCUCUCUCUCGCUCUCUCUUUUUUGGCAGUUGCUAAAUUCCUGCCCAAAGUUAAAUAUUAUGUCCUUGCUGGCAAGAAACCAGUAGCUUGUGGCUAUUUUUAGCACAGCCUUGUAGGAGGUAAAAGCUAGGGCAGGUGGCAAGAAACCAUUAUUUUGAUUACUUGAAGCACCAUUCCCAUUCAUUUCCUUGCACAGAAGUGGAUUGUGUUUUUUUGCCAUUUCAGCUCAUCAGCCAGACAGAAACAAAUGCACAAAGUAAAGGCAGAGGAAUAAAGCAGACAGGCAAACACUCUACAUGAACAAUAAUUUGCUGGAGUAAUCCAGUGUUUUUUUGCUGAUGGGAUGAAUACUUCAUGAUUUUUUUUUUUUAAGAUUCCCUUCUUCCUUAAACACAGGCAUUGUAUAUUGGCCUUUACUGUUUUUAAUAUAAUGUGAUUUUUAAAAAGAUUUUACAUUAUCUAGGCCUGCAUUUUAAACCUUAGUUACCUGCAGAUUGUGUGUUUUAUUAAAAAGGUCUAGCUACCCUAAUAAUUUUGCAUCUCUCGCCUUUCAGUUUGUUGUAGUUAUGUCUCUAUUGCAAGGCCAGCCAAGACAAAGAGGCUUUGUCUAAAUCAUACACAGGCCUUCUUCUAGAUGAGUAGCUUCUAAGAACUAAUUUUCCAAGGAAAUUUUCUAACAUGCCCAGCAGAAAUGCAGAAUGACCCUGCAGUGCCAGUAUUAUAGUAAAUGCUGUGUCUUGUCAGUGAUGUUGCUAUGCCCAAAUGUAAGCACAUGCUGCUGGUAGAAGUCUUAGGAUAGGGCAUCAUAGUUGUUAAAUACAAUAUUAUAGCUGUGGUCCAGCUCUGUAUGCAACUAGCAUUAUAUUACAGCUAGUCUUGCACGAGGAUCUGCAUCCCCUUCAAAUCAAUGGAGACUACUUGUGUACUGCAGUGUGGAUGGAAACACACAACCCGAAUGCAACAACAUCUAAUGGACACCAAUAUUGAGAUGUACUACGAAUGCAAAAGCCUGAUUCGGUCUGCAAAAGAGUACAAUUAGAAUUUCUCAACUUAAAAACUUAAUGAUACAAUAUUUCCACUCUCGCACAGAUGCCAUUUAUUUCAACAUGGCUCUUGUAAAAGAAAUGCAACGUGAGCCCCCAAUCAGUGAAGAUUGCAUGAUCAAACAGUUCUCACUAUAAGUAGGACUUGGGUCCAGUCAAACUUCAUACCUUAGCGCUAAUGCAGAGAUCAUUGUAUGCAGUUGCAGUAAAGUGGAUAAGCUGCAAUAACAACGAAGGAUCCACAUUUACAUCCAGGUUGCAAGAAAACAUUCAUCCCUGUCAAUAUUCUGCAAUGCAGAUGGCAUUGGAUGCCUCAUAGAUUAAUUCAAAUGGCACUUUAUUAUCUUGUACUUUUGAGGAAAUACCCUUGCCAACAGGUUACUGUGGCCAAGGACAUCACUCCUUGUAAGGAGGGAGGGGGAGAAAAGACAUAAAUAGAUGCAAGGUCAUAGCUGGUGAGGGUCAAGGGGAUGAGUAGAGGCUUGAAGGAGUCAGAGGUGCCCUUGGGUAUUUACUGUUAAAAUUCAUCUUUCCUGCUCCAAACCCCACUGAAAUUAACCUUCAUUUUCUCUCCUUUUCCUAUUGUUUUUCCUAUGAUAGAAAAAAAAAAGCUUACACUAUACUGUCUCCAAUAACAAUAGCAUUUUAUAAUAUACCCUAAUCUUACCCAUCAAAUAGUCAUUGAGUGUUACAAUAUUUCUUUAUAUGCCAGCCCUAUUGUUCCUACUCCUAUUAUUUGUGUCCUGAAUACUUCUUCAUGCUAUAUUGACUUGUGUAUGUGCCUUUCACGCCUUUUUGCAUGAUCUGGCAUACUAUUAUCAAGCAGGAAAAUGUAUACACAAAACCAACAGGAACAUUAGACCUAGGCAACCAUAGUUAAAUGUCCUACUAUGCAAAGAUGACUGGUAAUUGAAUUCUACAAAUGUAUGUAUCGUGAUUUAAAUAUUUAAAAAUUAAGAUUUUCAGAGGACACCAAGGGCUUGAUUUGGCAAAUACUUUCCAGGCACAGCUGUAUGUAUGUGUGUUAGCAAGGCCACUUCAUCUAUUACAGUUUUUAUUCCAGUGACUACUUUGUAAAUUAUUUUUCCAGGAUUAAAAUUUUAAUGUGGGAUUUAUACUCUAGAUUAUCUACUUUACAACCGUAGUUCUCCUGUACCUUUAAUAGUUGUGUAGGUGAGAGAAGUUCAACAGGUGCAGCUUUCAAAACCCUUCAGCACUGUGAUAUGACAAGCUACAUCUAUUUUUACUUCUACACAAACUAUUCAACUGACAUGAACUGUGAUGGUGAAAGGCUGGUCAUCUCUAAUUUAUACUGAUGUUUGCCACAAUUCCAACAAAACUAUACUAAAUAGCCAAGAAUUCAUAAUAUGCAAGACAUUAUGGAUUUUGUUAUAGGAAUGAUUUAAGCAAAAAAAAAAAAAUGUUGACAGUCUCCCCUGGUUUCUGUAGGGGUAACUGCCAGUGGACCUGUGAACAUAUAUGCAGGGCAUAUGGAAAGGAUAUGGAAAAAAAAAUAGUUUCAACUCUAAUUGACCAUCCAUGUGCUAGUAAAGAGAGUAUUACGAUAUGAUUACCACCAGCAUUUUGCCAAAAACUGUAUUAGGAUCUCCAUCCUUUCUACACAUCUGAAAUGGUUAGUGACUAGUCUAAACAAAAAGUGCUAUUUGGGUUUGAAAGGGUUGCCUUAAGUCCUUCUUUUAAACAUUUGAAAUAAUGUUCAUCUUCUAUUUCAGCAACAUGCACCCCCUCUUUCUCUAACCCAACACAACCAGUUUCAAAAAAUGCUUGCGUUUAAGAACCUCCAUGCUGGAAAUGAGCCCCAAGCCCACAAACACAGAUUGAGUCCUAGUAAAUCUCUCACAGCUAUGCUCUGCUAAACAGGAAAGUGGUAUGUGUAUGUGUGAGUUUAAAGUAUAGAUUCUAUCUAUUGUAUGCCUUACAAUAGGACAACUAUUAAAUGAGAGUUCUUUGGCCUGAGGACAAUACCCAAGCCCCCCGCAACUUUUUCUACGUCAUUUAUACUGUAGAAUGGAAACAUAAAAUAUAGUUUAAAUAAAAAAUGUGUCCUUGUGUGCUACCUGCUAAAGUGGCAGACAGGUGGCUAGUGGAAUGAGGAAGCCCAUUGCUUGUACGGCACUGUUUAGACAUUUGCAAUGUGUUGACAGAGCAAAGGACACAACUGCCUCAAAAGUGUUGUGGUGUGCCUGUGUGUAUGUAACAUGGUUUUGGUUGUUAGAACGUAAUGCUGUCCUUGGGGGGGGGGAGUCUACUAUAAUGGG